UCAAAAGCAAUACUUCCGGAGAAACUGUCCCCAUGUCAGCAACAGAAUCUCUAUUGGGAGAUGGUCCUGAUCCCUCCACUGACAACACAAUCCAUGAUCCAAAAUCACCUUCUGUUACAGAACUGGAGAUGAUCCUGGAGAGCAGCAAAGCCCAGCUAAACCAUAUUGACGAAGUGUGGCCUAACCUCUACAUUGGGGAUUUGGUGAUAGCCCAUGACAAGAAACAAUUAAGGAAGAUGGGGAUAACUCAUGUGUUAAAUGCUGCACAUUCCAAAUGGGGCAGUGUGGGAGAUCAAAUCUUCUACGGCAAGAAAAUAAAUUACUAUGGUAUAGCGGCUGAUGAUUCCCCAGAAUUUGACCUGAGUGCAUAUUUCUACACUGCAGCUGAACAGAUACAUCAAACACUGAACACUCCAAAUGCAAAACUCCUGGUGCAUUGCAUUCUUGGGAUGAGCAGAUCAGCCUCCCUGGUACUGGCCUACCUUAUGAUUUAUCACAACCGCUCACUUCUCGAUGCAGUAAACCGACUCAUUUUAUACAGGCCUGUUUCACCCAACUGGGGAUUUCUGGAACAAUUACGCAAAUUGGAUAUAAAGCUAAAUGAAGAGAGAAAACUACAGCUGACCAAAGAUGCCACAUUUUGCUGAGGGUCAAUCAGUCGUGUGUCAUUGCGUUUUGGUCAAACUUUGAAAUGUUUCUUAUCAGUGGAGGGAUACUUCAAUCCUUUCAGGCAGUUUAGAGACUGAAGUAAUGCAACAGCUUUCUUCAACAAUAUUAUUUGCAUCCCUUUGCACUGUGAAUGAGGUUGCCUACAAUAAAGAGAUCAUAUGGUCCCUCUGAUCUAUCAUUGAUUCAUAGAGAUGUACAGCACAGAAACAGAUCCUUCGGUCCAACUUGUCCAUGCUGACCAGAUAUCCCAACCCAAUCUAGUCCCACUUGCCAGCACCAGGCCCAUAUCCGUCUAAACCCUUCCUAUUCAUAUAUCCCUCCAAACAUCUUUUAAAUGUUGCAAUUGUACUAUCCCCCACCACUUCCUCUGGCAGCUCGUUCCACACAUACACACCACCCACUGCUUGAAGAUGUUGCCCCGUAGGUCUCUUUUUUAUCUUUCCCCUCUCAUCCUAAACCUAUGCCCUCCAGUUCUGGACUCCACCAGCCCAGGGAAAAGAUUUUCUCUAUUUAUCCUAUCCAUGCCCUUCAUGAUUUUAUAAACCUCUAUAAAGUCACCCCUCAGCAUCCCAUGGUCCAGGGAAAACAGCCUCAGCCUAUUCAACCUCUCCCAUAGCUCAAAUCCUCCAACCCUGGCAACGUCUUUGCAAAUCUUUCCUUUUGAAAUAUGCAUUAAUCCACAAUUCUAGCAGCUCUUAUUUUUUAU